AGAAGCAUGAUUCCGAAAUCUACAAAUUUUCAUUACGUCAGUGUACACAUAUGAUAAUAAUCAUACAGCCCUGUGUAUGCCAGCAACCAAUGUAGUCAACACACUUGCUCAGGCUACAGUGAUGUAGGUACACAGACGAUGUCUACCGCUUGCAAUUGACGCGUUUCAUCUCGUUCUUUGCCUUUAAGUGAACGAAUAUGGAUUAAUCAGUGAUUUAUUUGUGUAUAUCUCAUAUUAGACUACACUUGCAAAUACGAUUAAACAGUGAGAAAAAAAGUAUUUAGAUAAAUAAGAUGCCUAAAAGGUGAGAGAGAAAAGAAAAGCAGAGAAUAGAUGCACUGAAGUUGUGUGUGCAUUUGAAUGUUCACUGUGUGAUGCGACGACGGAAAGAAAGGGAGAAAAAAGGAAGAAAGAGAUAGAAUAAAACACAGGGUGAGAGUGCGAGGGGAAGGGGCUUAAAAGAUGGCCGUCCUGAAACAUAUGACAAAGAACGGCGGGCAACCGCCGCAGCGGAAAAGAAUUAUCACGGAAUGUGUUUCACGGUAUCGUUGAUCCUCGUCCUCGUGUAGAGGUGUGGUGAUAUUUCGAGUAAAAGGGAUCGUGGCUAUAAAAGUCAGUGAUCCUGUUAGCAAAGGAGCCAUGACUACGUGUAAAGAAUGGGCUCGAUCGCAUCGGUGUUGCAGUGGCAUUGCUCGGAGUGCGCUCUGAUAAAUCCAACGGAGAGCACGCGAUGCGCCAGGUGCGGCCUUACUCGGCUUAGGAGUGAUGAGAAAGCAAAUCUCAGGCUCGGCCUGAGCUUGGAUCGCAAAGUUCCCGAAGAAAAAGAGGAGGAGGAAAAGCAAAGAGACGACGAGGAAGGUGACUCUUCCUCGGUCUCUGUUCCGCCAACACCUCCGCCGAAACUUCGUUUGGAGAAGCCAGCAACGGGCGAUACGCGUCCGGCAACUUAUCAAUACGUCAAAACCGAUCUCAUACAUCGCUCAGAGGGGAAUUUAAUUCUACUCAAUAAUCAUAUAAAGAAAUCUCACCAUGAUUCGUGGAAUGGAAAGUCUUGUAAAAAAGAGCCAGUUAAAAGAUCUUCUUCUCUACCUUCCUUAAUAACACAAUGGACUUGCGUUCGUUGUUUGUUAGACAACUGCUGCAGUUCUGGUAUAAUUUGCGUAGCUUGUGAUGCAAAUUCUUCUAUAGUUGAAACUGACAAAAGGCAGAUUGGAGCGCGUAAACGCAAAAAAUUAAAUUCACGUAAAACAAGUCGUCUCAAAGCUGCAUCCGAACUUCUGGCCAAUAUUUUAGAUGAUGUCAAUGCAACAAGUUCUUCUACAAGCGAUGCAAGAAUUAUCAAUAAGGCUUAUCUGUAUUCUAUAGAUAUGGCACAACUAACAAGUAUAAGUCGUAGUGAAAGGAGACAAGAUAGAGAAGACUGGACCUUGCCACCAAUAGAAACUAUGGAGUCCACUACACUUUCCUACGCAAAUACCACUGAUACCUCUCAACGUUCACCAAAAAGACAUAGUCCUUCAAUUUAUGAACGAGUCAAAUCUAAAGUUAGUCGCUCUUUAUCUAAUGGAUCUGUUGUACAUAAAUUAUCUGAACAUGCAAUUCAAAGACCAACAAGUUUAGUAGUCUCAGAAUCUCAACAGGAUGAUGCUCUCUGGAGUUGUGAUAAUUGUACUCUUGAUAAUGCUCCUGGCCUAGAACAAUGCGAGGCAUGUGAAGCCCCUAGAAGUCCUGCUCCUUGCAGUGGAGUAGUUAUCAGUGUACCUGCCUGGGAACCACGUGCUCUAUCUUCUGCAGGUCCAUUGUCUUAUAGACGAUCUUUUUCUGAUGUCGAAUCCGUUACAAAUGUAUCUCGAAAGAAAAAGAUCGUCAAUCGUAGAAGUCUCAAUGAGGAUGAACCACCUGCAGUACCACCACAUUCUGUUGGUUUUAGUACAAGACCAAAAUAUUCUUACAUUGGAAUUACCGACCCUGAUAUACCGCCGCCAUUGCCAAAAAAACAAAAUAAUAAAUUAGGUCUUGUACCCACAAAAGCACAUAGCGAAGCAACUAGUCCUGUCGGUGAUGUACCGAAUGUAAGCUCGUUAAAACGUAUGUGGACUUGUCGGAAAUGUUCUUACGCGUAUAAUCCUUUAUGGUCAACUGGUUGCGAUAUAUGUGGAUCUUCUCGAUCACCGCCUUCGUUAAUGCAACCUAGUCUAAUAACCGUCACAAAAGAUGAAACGAGUUGUUCGAUGCAUUCACAAUCCCCAAUUGUAGUAUCCAGAGAUAGUGUAAGAUACAUUCCACAGAAAACUGCUACAUUGGCUACAGCAGAAUCUGAUCUAGAUGAUCAAGUUGAUCCACCUUCCCCCGUGUGGACUUGUAAAAAAUGUACAUUAUUAAAUGCCGCUUCGAGAACAACGUGUGAAGCGUGCGGUGGUUCAAAGCUUAAAAGUAUCAUGCAUUUAGAAGACGCUACGUUACGAAAAGGAGAAAGCUGGGUGUGCCCAUCGUGUACAUUAAGGAAUCCGCUAUCAGCACAAACUUGUAAUGCUUGUAAGACUUUAGCAGAUUUUCUAGAUGUACCAAAGGAUAGCAGAUUUUUUGGAUCAAGAAGUCCGAGUCCAAGACUUUGUUCAACCCCUAUAAAUUCAAAAGUUGUUACUCCAAGACAUAGAAAUUCUGUAAGAAGGAAUGGUUCUUCAAUUGGAGAUAAAAGACAUUCAAGAAUUAGAGAUUCCACUCAUGGUCAAUGGCAGUGUAAACUGUGCACAUAUGAAAAUAAGAGUACAAACGGAAUUUGUGAAAUGUGCCAAAUCUCAAAAAAUUUAUCUCAACUACCAGGUGAAAGGCCUAGAAUUAUUGAAUCUGGCAUAAGUACACUUACAAUGCAACGGCAAGAAAGCGUGGUUAUGGAGAAUUUAAGACAAAUUGAGGAAAGAGAAGCAUUGGAGAAAUGGGAGCGAAUUGUUCGCUAUUGCAAAGAGACAAAUGAACCUUUUGUCGAUGACUCAUUCCCACCAGCUCCAAAAUCUCUAUAUUACAAUCCAGCUGAAACAAAAGAUAAUCAUGUUGUUCAAUGGAGAAGGCCUCAUCAAAUUAAUGUUGAUUCUACAGUUGAUUCCAAACUGCCUUGGGCUGUUUUUAGGAAACCCUUACCUUCUGAUAUCUCACAAGGUGUAUUAGGAAACUGUUGGUUACUUUCAGCUUUAGCUGUUUUAGCUGAAAGUGAUGAGCUUGUAAAGAGAGUCUUAGUAAUGAGGGAAACCUGCCCAGAAGGAGCUUAUCAAGUAAGAUUAUGUAAAGAUGGAAAAUGGACCACAGUACUUGUUGAUGACUUGCUACCCUGUGAUAAAAGAGGCCAUCUUGUAUAUUCUCAGGCAAAAAGAAAACAACUUUGGGUGCCAUUAAUUGAAAAAGCAGUGGCUAAAAUUCAUGGUUGCUAUGAAGCUUUAGUGUCUGGACGUGCAAUAGAAGGUCUAGCAACACUUACAGGUGCCCCUUGUGAGAGUGUGCCUUUACAACCAUCUGCUUUGCCAAGUGAAGAUGAACUUGAUAAGGAUUUAAUAUGGGCACAACUUUUAUCUUCAAGGCAAGCUAUGUUUUUAAUGGGUGCUAGUUGUGGAGGUGGUAAUAUGAAAGUUGAUGAGGAAGAAUAUCAACGUAAAGGUUUAAGGCCAAGGCACGCUUAUUCUGUUCUCGAUGUACGGGAUGUACAGGGAAUACGAUUAUUGAGAUUACGUAAUCCAUGGGGUCACUAUAGUUGGAAGGGUGAUUGGUCUGAUGAUAGUCCUAUUUGGACACCACAAUUGCGGGAAAUGCUCAUGCCACAUGGUGCUUCUGACGGUGUUUUCUGGAUUUCUUUUGACGACGUAUUGAAAUAUUUUGAUUGUAUUGAUAUUUGUAAAACUAGAGUUGGGUGGAGUGAAGUUAGAUUACGUGGGACACUUCCACCUUUAUCAUCUCUCAGACAUUUAUCAUGUGUACUUUUAACGGUACUAGAACCUACUGAAACAGAAUUUACUUUAUUUCAAGAAGGGCAAAGGAAUUCCGAAAAAUCACAACGUUCUCAGUUGGACUUGUGCGUAGUUGUUUUUCGUACACGUUCACCAGCAGCACCAGAAGUGGGGAGAUUAGUAGAACAUAGUAAGCGACAAGUACGUGGAUUCGUUGGAUGUCACAAAAUGUUAGAGAGGGAUUUGUAUAUUGUUGUAUGUUUGGCCUUUAAUCAUUGGCACACAGGAAUGGAAGAUACUUCCAGUUACCCUGAGUACGUUCUUGCCAUUCAUAGUUCAAAGAGAUUAUUAGUUGAGCAAAUUUCCCCACCAGCAUUUGUCUUAGCUGAUGCUAUAAUAAGUUUAACUCUAGCAAAAGGACAGAGACAUGAAGGAAGAGAGGGAAUGACUGCUUAUUACUUAACUAAAGGUUGGGCUGGACUUGUAGUAAUGGUAGAAAAUCGUCAUGUAAAUAAAUGGAUUCAUGUAAAAUGUGACUGCCAUGAAAGCUAUAACGUUGUGUCCACAAGAGGACAACUCAGAACUGCCGAUAGUGUUCCCCCGCUACACAGACAAGUCAUCAUAGUUUUAACACAAUUGGAAGGUAGUGGAGGUUUUUCGAUAGCACAUCGACUUACGCACAGACUAGCUAACAGUGGAAACUUGCAUGACUGGGGUCCGCCAGAUACUCAACAUUGUCCUCAAAUUGAUACUCAAGUCGAAGGUUUACAUAGUCCUCGUUUAAUCACGUGAACAAAUGAGUGAUUAAUAACAAAUAGGACAAUGUUUAAAUGUAUCUCGUUUGUCGAGUAAGAGAUUUAUUAUAUACUCGUGAUAUCCAGAAAUUUACCAAAGCAAGCUAGAAAGAUUUUGGUACAGAAGAAAUAGUACUGAAACUAUAAUACAUUCUGUGCUUUCUAGCUAUUCAUGUUGUAUGAAAAUUUUUAGCAUUACGACAAGCUCACUAUUGGAUAUACUACAAUAAUUAACAAUUAAUAUACAAUGAUUCUCUCUCUCUCUGAGAUCAGUGGUUAGAAAUAUUUUUUUUUAAUUAGGUAGAAAUCAUUCGUUGUAUCAAUGAAAAUGAAUAUACUUUAAAACUUGCGUGCAAAUUAAGCAUUUCUACGGGAACCAUUGAUCCAUAAAGAAGACUUAAGGGAAAUUAAAUAUUUAUGGAAGAACAAAUUAAACACAUUGCUUGUUAUAUAAAAAAAAAAUUAUUUUCUCAACGUAACAUAUAAGCACCAUAAAAAGUAACAAAGCGUAAAAGUUAUACAAUAAUAAUAUAUGAAGUGAAAUAAAUAACAGCCAUUGAUAAUGAAAAACAUAUACACUCUUUUUGGAAUUGCUUAGAGUAUGGUAUAACUAUGGGUCGAAAUUUUUUCAAUUUUUGCAUCUCACAAGUCGAUCCUAUUUUCGGAUACACAAGCCGUAUUCAGAACUCACAUUUAAAAGUACAUGUAUUGUAUAUUGUGUAUGACAGCUGAUGUUACUGGCCGUUUAAGUGAGGGUUUUCGAAUAUUGGUCACAUCGUAAAACUUUUAUCUCAUCUGAACUUUUGUUGUUUCCAUCUUGUAACUGGAUGGAGUGCUUGUGCUAAAAAUGGACGUAGCGCAUAGCUACAGAACCAAAAAUCUCUCUGAAAGUUUUACAGUAUAGUGACGCGUUCACUGCCAUUUUGUGCAAUGUACGUUUAACUUUAUUGUUGUUAAAAAUUUUUGUAGCGAAUUAUUAACAAAAUUAUUAUCACUGAUUGUUGUAUGUAUAUUUUAUGUUCAUUUAACUUAUAAUACAUAUCUUGAACUUUAUACAUACACAAGCGUGGCAGUUAACGAGUUAGUCAAUUUUAUAAGUCUUGUACAUUUUGUAAUCAUGACAUCAGAAUAGCCGUCUACGAGGCGCAAUCAUUUAUAAAUUUUUUUUACAUAAAUAGAUUUGUGUUUUAUUUUUAUACAUAUACAUAUAUGUUUUAUCUAUAAACGAAACAAAUAUGUAUUGGAUAAUGAAAUAUAUGAAUCAUUUUUUUCCAAUUUGCAAAAACGUAUUUAGCAAAUUAUAAUCUCACGUAAAAAGGAAGUUACAAUUUAAUAAAACAUUCCCUUUUUUUAAAGAGAAAGAUUGCUAAAUUGAAAAGUAUAUGUAUGUUACAAGUAUAUCUCCUUUCGAAUAGCAUGAAAUAAUUCAAAAAAUUGUUAUUGAAAUUAUUGCAUUAACAUAUGAUUAAUUUAAUGUUAAAACUGUAUACAAAAGAGUGAAACUAUAAGUUUUGAUUCUUAUUAAUGUUGUACCAACCAAUAAUUUUAAAUAUGUCCAUUAUAUGUAUUAAAUGCGAUGUAUGUUGGCACACUUUUUAAUUCUUUCUCAUGCAUAUUAUGCAGGACGUUAAUAAAAAUCGAGAACAUUUUUUUUUUCAAAUAUUAAUUAUAUGCGUGUAAACCAUGAAAAAGUUUGUAUAAUCUUGUAUCUAAAGCUGUUGAGUACCCGAAAUAUUCGAAUAUUCGAAAUCUGAAUUGAAUUAAUUGAUUCGAAUAUUCGAUUAGUUGAGUACUUCGAAUAGUUCGACAAAAUUCACGUUCAUUGUUUCAAUUGAGAUCUUUUAAAUAUUGUAAUUGUUUAAAUCUAUUUUAACGAAUUUAAUUUGUACACUAUUUAAAUCUAUUAAAGAAUACCGAAUUUUCUUGAACUACUCGAAUAAGCAAAUUGAUUUCGAUAUGUAUUUUUUAAGUAUUAGAACAGCUGUAUUUGUAUUUAUGAGUUGAAAACUCGCGAUCUCUUUAUGCGAUAUGUUCUAAGGAAACAAAUUUUUUCUUCAUGUAUGCGUAAAUGGCAUUCAUAUUUAAAGGACAUCUAAUUAAAGGUAGCUGUGAAAAUAACUCGUUUAUAUAUAUAUAUGUACACACACAUAUAUAUACAUAAACAAAUUAUUUUUUAAAUUAAAUUAAAAAUUAAUGUGUAUUAUUUUAAUCAAUGUAUUAAUUUAAGUAAUGUAUCUAAUAUUUAUUAAUAUUCUCUAUAAAGCAUAAUUAAAAAGAUAAGCACUUGCAGAUACAAGUUUAUAUGAAUUUUCUUUCAUACUUAUUUGUAUGAAAGUUAAAAAAUAUUUUCGAUCUUUACCGAUAUACUGUGUAUUAUAUAAACUAGCAAACAUCCAGUUUUAUAUGGAAAGCUCAGUGCUUUGGCUUUAACAUUAAACUGCCAUGUUCCAUGUCCUUAAGGAAUGAUGAAAUUGGCACUGAAAUGUUCUUUUGAUGGCAGUUGGAUCUGAUUGACAAUUUGUCUAAUAUUUUCUAUACAUAUUGAAUGUGGUAAUGUGACAAUAUCUCAUGCUGUGAUCAGCUCUAAUGACGUUUUUUGUCAGUUAAGAAAUGUCCUCAUAAAUGAAAAGGCAGCAUUAUAAAUAUUAUUUCAAUGAUAGUACAAAAUAUUUAUUAUAUAUGCAUUUGCUUAAUUCAAAUGCAAGAAAAGAAACAAGUUAUGCACAUAAGCAUUAUGAGACUUAUUGGCAAUAACUUUCUUAAUUACAUUAGUUAUAUAUAUUUUUUUAAAUAAAACAUUCCUUACAUUUAUUUACAUUCUCCCAUUAUCCAUUUAAAAACUCUGAUUACUUGCAUUAAUACAUUUACUUCUGUGUUCUAUAUAUUCUGUUUUUAAUAUAUUUGAUUCCUGUUGGUAUAAAAUUUAAUUUUUAAUAUUGUUAAUUGAGUUCCGCUUGAGGCAUUGCUUUCUCUUUGAAGCGAUAAAAGGAAAUUAUUUUUAUUCAAUGGCUUCAAACAAACGGAUCUAACUGUUGAGUGUGGCCUAAUAAUUUUAAUAUAGGAACUGUUUCUGAUUUAUUUAAACUAAAUCGUAUUUAAAGAUAUCAAAACCCCUUUCAUUCACUUUGUGAUAAUAUUAAAGCAAUCAUUUAUUAAAGGAAACCCUUCAAAGCGAAAAAGAAAUGUUUUUUUAUUAAUAUAAAUCAGUUUUCUUAAGUUUAAACAGUGAUUAAAAUUUAUGUAAGUGUUAGACGCAAUGAAAAGAAUUAUUCUCAUAAAUAAACUAUACUAUUUGCACUAGUUUCUGUACAAAUGGCCUUAAUUUACAGACAAAAACAUUUAAGAUAAAAUGGAGACCUAUAUUUAUGCAUUUUCUUAAAAAAUAUAAAACAGGUAGCAGGUAACUUGUAUUGUUCAAGUAAUUUUAAUUUGAAUCAACAGAUUCGACUGCUAUGCUCUAAAUGGUAAUUUAAAGCAUCAAUUAAAUUGCACCAUUGUUCAAAACCUUAGGAUAAGUCCCAUCGGUGCAUGUACACAAAUGCAACAACAACAAUGCUAAAGCAGAUGAUAUAAUUAAAUAUAACGCCUAAUUCCUCUCUUUUCUUCUGUUUCUUCUUCUUUUAUUUUUGAAGCAUAACUUGCAUCUGCAUAACAUUAAAUUAAAAGAAUUUAAGGUAAUCCUUAGUGCCAUACCAAAGCAUAACAGAAAAACCUGUAAACAAAUAUUUAAUCAAUAAUGAUUUAUAGAGGCCCAUUCCGUUGUCACAAUGAUAUUAUAGUACUUUUUCUCAAAGAAAAAAAUAUUCUAUUUUAAAUAUUGUGUGUGUGUGUGUGUGCGUGUGCAUGUGCGUGUGUAUAAUUGCCGAGAAAGAAUUAUAAAUAUUUCCAUUUUAGAAUAUGACUACUGUGGCUUCGACGAUACUAUCAGAAUAAUGGAUAUAACGUAUAUUUAAUGUUUGGAUUUUGAUUGUUAAAACUUUAGAAAAGUUUCGAAAGCACGAAGUGACAUUAUUCUGAAAGCAACGUUCGUAGUUGAUUAUGCACAACGCUACGGCGAAUGAACAAGUGUGUUUGGUAUUUUAGAAAACUGUCUUUGUGGAUUUGAGCGUUUUAAAAAAGAAUUCAAUUUGUAUAUAAAAUGAAUUAUUUAUUAUAAUUAAGGGAUGGGUGAAGCUGAUUAAUUUAUACACUGCUUGUGGUACACGUAAGUUGUUUUGCAUAUGCUUACACAAUUUUGUUGAGACAGCGCUUAAACCGAUUAAAAAGUAAGAAAUAGAAAAUUAUAUAUAGCAAAAUUAGUAAUAUAUCGGAGUCAAAGAAAUGCCGGUGAUGUGCGAAGCAUAAAUAUUUGUUCUUUUUGUCUUUUUGCAAUAAGCUUUCAGAAAUUUAAAGCCAUUUAUUAAAUCUUACGCUAUCAUUAAAAAAUCAAUUGUGUGACAUUAAAGACAAUGAAUAAUUUUGCCGAUCUUUUGUAAACUCUCAAAUAACAUUUAUCGUUUGUUUCAGCACGGCGUUAGUACUAUUUAUAUAAAUGGAGCAAAAGACGUAGGGUAAUCGCACGCCAUCGCAAAAUAUCUAGGAAUAUAUUCUUAAUAUGCAAAGAAAAUUAAAAAAAAAAAAAUACUACGGUAUCUCAUUGUAUUUGUAAUUACAGAGUAUAAUAUUGCGGUGUCAUUUUACAAUUAUUAAGUAACUCGUACUCUGUACGAAACUGCGUACCGGGUGUAUUCUAAACUGUAUACAAGCGUUAUAAAUGUGAUUUUCUUUUUUCUUCGUUUUAAAUGAGACUGAAAUAUUUACACGUUCAAGAGAAAUAUUAAUGCAAACAAUAUCUAAAAAUUAUUAAAUUAUUAAAGGAAAAGGAAAGAUUAAGUAAUUCCUGAAAAUAUUAAAAAAAAAAACAAAGUUUAUUGAUAGAAAGAAACUGUUUUUAGACGCGUUCUUUUAGUCUACGCGACUGUGAUCAUUUUAGAAACGCCCAUGUACGAACCCGAACCAGCAAUCAACUUUGUGAUAGUCUGUGUACCGAUUUGGCAAACUUUGUUGAAUUGAUCCCAUUUCCUAUAGAUGGAAUGUAUAAUUAUUAGAACUUUGUCGCGUACAUACAAAAAAAAAACAUUUACUACUUUAUGAAAUGAUAAAGACAUUGUAUUGUCCCUUGAUUUAUAUAAUAUAGUAGUAUAGGUACAUUUAAUAAUAAAUCGGAAUAUUAUCUAGAAA